AUGAAGGCUUCCGUUUCUUUCCUCCUAUGCGUGGCUGUCCUCAGUGUGACGUUCACAAGGCCUUGCUCGGGAUCGAAUUGGAAUGUGUUCGAAUUAUUGCCUGAUCUUGUGGAAGGUGCGGGCAAUGUGGUAGUAUCUGUCACAAAUAAGACUCUUGAAGCAGUGAAAGAGACUGUGAAUGGCGCGGGCAAUCUGGUGACCAACGCUGUUAACGAAACUGUGGGGGGAGUAAAUCAGGUUGUCAAUAGCACGAGCAAUCUGGCAAAUAACGCUGUUAACGGAACUUUGGAGACAGUAAAUCAGGUUGUCAAUAGCACGAGCAAUCUGGCAAACAACGCUGUUAACGGAACUUUGGAAACAGUGAAACAGGCUGCCAAUGACACGAGCAAUCUGGCAAACAACGCUGUUAACGGAACUUUGGGGACAGUGAAAGGGGUUGUCAAUGACACGAGCAAUCUGGUAUACAACGCUGUUAGCGGAAUUUGGGAAACAGUGAGCCAAGAUGACAAUGAUGCUGACAACACCAAAACCAACUUGGAGUAACUUCCAACAGCCAAUACUGAUCGACAGCUGGAGUAUAUACGGACCGACAUCAAUACUUUAAUUUUUUUCUACAAUUCACAAAAGUAACGCCAGAUGGACAAGUUACGAACACCAAGAAGGCAAACUCAUAGUUACGGCUUUUAACUAGUAUUUUGUCUGUGGUUACGGCAUCCAGGACGAAUGUAGUCUGUAGUAUGUCCUCGAGGACAUACCGGUCACAUCGCAACCUACACAGUGAGAACCUUAAGAUUAAACAAAAAAGAAUCAAAUAUUACUACU